AUGUCCUUCAAACUAUUCACCCACCAACCAAGCACCCUCCUCCGCCUAGGUCUAAGCCUAAGCAUCGGCCUCAGCGCCGCAACCCUACACCCAACAUCGCCCUUCCGCGCCGCCCCAUUACAAUGCCAAUACGCAGCGCCCAGCACCGGCGAAGCCCUCUUCAAUAAAGAGACCGGGUCCGGAUGGGCGAUUAACAACGGAGCAUCUGAAUCAAUGGCGCAGAAACAGGGACAGAGUGCGCGGACGGGUCUUCUCACGGCGGAGGGAAUGCGGCAGUACGCUGCUUCCAAGGGCUACAAUAUCCUUCCCCUUCAUCGGAUGCAGAAGUAUGUUAAGAACGUCGACUUGAAGCGGGCUAUGAGUGAGAAGCGGCCGUUUAAGAUAAGUUUCGGGGCUAUGAUGGCGCUUGCUGCUUUUGCGCAGUUCUGA